AAAAUCUGAUAUAUUUCUUAGAUGGCAGGAAAAGAGGCAACAUUAGUAUUAUUAGAUGUAGGUGCAUCGAUGUAUGAACCUUACAAAUAAGUUUAAGGAAAAGAGAUAAGAAGAAUAGAAUUAGCUAUUGAUUGUAUAGGGAUGAUGAUUUAAUAAAAGAUUUUUAAUUAUAAAAAUCAUGAAGUGGGAUUAGUUUUAUUUGGAACAGAGGAUGCUGAAGAUGGGAAUACUUUUUACAUAUAAACAUUAUCACCUCCAGAUUUAGAAUUUUAUAGAAAUGUAACAGAAUUACCAAAGCAUGAUAUUCCUAAAAUAAAAGGUGGGGAUAUAUUUGACGCAUUAGAUAAAUCAGUUAGUACAUUAGAUGAUCAUGUAAAGACAAAGAAAAUGGAUAAAAAGAUCUUUGUUUUAACAGCAGGUUUUGGAUAGACAGAAUAUAAUGAGAAAAAGAUUGGAAAACUAAUAAAGAUGAUUGAAAAAGUAGAUGUGAAAAUAAAUUUCAUAGCAUUAGAUUUUAUGAAUGAAUAUGAUGUUGAAUUAGAUGAUCCUACGAAACCAGAAAAUUAAGAAAUAUUAAAUAAUAGAAUGUUAAAUUCAAUUUAUGAGAGUAAAGAAUAAUAAAUAAAUUAAAAUUUAAUAUAUUAUAUGGUUUAAGAAUUAAGAAAUCAUAUGAGAAUAUUUCCAGCAAAUAUUGCAUUUGAAUUAUAUUCAUAAUUUCAUACAAAAUAGAUGUAAGCAAGAGCAUCUUUUAGAGGAGAUUUUUAGAUAAAUGAUUAAACAUUUCUAUAGGUAUUAAUAUAUAAGAGAUGUGCAGAAGAGAAAUUACCAAGUUUAAAGAAACAUUCAGCAAUAGGAGAAUUUAGUAGUGAAUAAAAUAGAAACAUAGUUAGAAAUGAUACAAUUCAUUAUAAUCCUGAAGAUCCAAAUAUGGCACCUAUAGAAAGAGAAAAUAUUAUUAAAGGUUAUUAAUAUGGAAGAAGUUUAAUACCAGUUGAUAGCAUAAUGGAAGAUAAAAUGAAAUAUUAAUGUUCAAGAACAUUUUAAUUAUUAGGAUUUGUAGAGAGAUCAUAAAUUCCUAGACAUUAUUUUAUAUCAAAUGUAGAUAUGGUAGUAGCUGUGGAUAGUGAAUAAUCUAAGAAAUGUUUAUCUGCAUUAAUAAUAGCAUUAAUUGCAACUAAGAAAGUAGCAAUAGCUAGAUUUGUAGGUAGAGAAAAAGGAUCUCCGAAAAUGGUUGUUUUAUUACCACAUAAAUCAAAAAGUUAUUAAUGUUUUUGGAUGAUUACUUUACCUACUUCUGAAGAUAUAAGACAUUUUCAAUUUUCUGCUUUAAGAAAGUCUACUCCUAAUUAAUAAAUUGCUGUUGCUUCAUUAAUUGAUAAAAUGGAUUUAGAAACAAUUCCUAAUUAAUCUGGAGAACCAGAAGAAUUACUUAAAAUGAAAUAUGUUGCUAAUCCUACUAGAUAAUAUUUUUAAUAAGUAGUUAUGCAUAAAGCUAUUACUAGAACUGAUGUAAUACCACCUAUUUCACCAUUAAUUCUAGAAUAUUUACAUCCUGAAUCAAGAAUUUAUAAUUAUGCUUAAGAUGCUAUCAAAAGAGUUAAAAAUGCAUUUAAAUUUAAAGUUAAUGAAAUUAAAAAACCAUAAGAUAAAAAAGUAUUUUGGAAAUAAUUAUUUGAUGAAUAAACUACUUAAUAAGUUUAACAAUAAAUAGAAGAAGAAGUUGUAGAAAUUAAUAGAGAAGAAGAAGAAAUGGUUAAUAUGUUUGCUAAAUAAAAAUUAGGAUUCAAAGAUGACAUUAUUUAAGAAAUAGGUUCAGUAGAUCCUAUCUCAGAUUUCAAAAAAAUGAUUACUGAAAAAAGAGUAGAUUAAGUUGAUUCUGCACUUCAAUAAAUGUAAAAAGUGAUCAUUGGAUUAGUUGAUUAAUCUGUUAAAGGAAGUUUCUUUCCUAAAGCUUUAGAAUGUUUAAAAGAAAUGAGAAAAGCUUGUAUUUCAGAAGAUGAAGUUCCUGUAUUCAAUAAAUUCCUCUUUGUACUUAAAGACAAAUAUAAUUAAUAAGUCUUUUGGGCAUAAAUUGUACAAUAAGGAAUUACAUUAAUAAGUAAUAUUGAAAAUUAAAAAUCAUCAGUUACUGCUGAUGAAGCUUAAGAUGUAAUUUAUAUUAUUUUUUAAUAUUUUUAGUUUCUAAAUAAAGAAGAUAAUAAACAUUAAUAAAUGGUUGAUCAAUUAUAAAAUGAAGAAGAAGAUUUGUUAGCUGAUAUUGAAUGA